AACAACAUGGAAAAAUCGAAAAGCGAGCAAUCGAGAAGACUAAUCAGUAGACCUCUCGAAAUUUUGCUUCGCGUGUUCGGUAUCUGGCCAGGCAUAUUGUAUGGUGUGAUCUACAAAGUAUUUUGGUUGGUCGUGAUGAUAACCAGCACGACUCUUCAAUACACAUUUCUCGUCCUUCACGCGCGCUCCAUCAACUUUACCAUUUUCUUGUACUCGUUGGCUGCGACAUUGGCGUUGAGCAUGAAACUCAUUAAACUAGUCAUUUUCUGGUCCAAUCAGCGAAGAUUCGACGAAAUGUGGAGAGUGAUGUCGUUGAAUUGGGAGCACAACAGUGCCUACGUGAACACAUUCGGCACGACCAACAAAACGCACGUGUCGCAUUAUUUGGCCAACUUCAUUGUGGCAUUCAGUACGGUGUCGAUAAUAUUGAACUCCUACAGCAUUCUUCUGAGCGGGAUUCAUUACGACGAAGCUUCCAACGGUACGCGACCGUAUAUUCUGAUGAUGUAUCUUCCUUUUCACAUCAAUACGCAACCCGUGUAUCUACUCGUAAUGUUUCUACAAUUUUCCUACGCGUUGCUCCUCUCCGCCGGCGCCGCCACCCUUAAUUCGGUUCUUAUUAUUUUGAUGCUCUACUUGGGCGAUCAGAUCAAUGUCAUUUGUAGACGUCUGAUGAGUAUGGCAGAGGACGAGCACACGACGAACGUGACUGUGAUAAAGGAAAUAAUCCGGAAACACCAGAGUGUCAUUACCUUCUCGGAAAACAUCGAAUCCCUCUACACGUACAUCGCGUUGAUAUUAAUCGUGCUCAAUACUUUAAUCACCUGCGGCUUGGGUUUCAUACUCGUCUCGGCAAUUGGAUCGCCUAAUUUCUCCAUGAUACUAAUGAAGAAUCUCAUGUUCUACUGCGCGAUUAAUAUUGAGACAUUCGUAUUCUGCUUCGCUGGAGAAUAUAUUAGCGCCAAGAGCAAAGAAAUCGGUGAGGCUGCGUACAAUUCGCCCUGGUAUCAAUCCAAGUUCCACAGUGGCGCCGUUUUGUUCUUGAUAAUGAGAUCGCAGCAUCAGUUGACGAUCACAAUGGGAAAGUUCAUGGAUCUCUCGUUGGAACGAUUCUCCAGUAUUGUAAAAGCUUCAGCGUCCUAUGUGUCGGUCCUGCUGGCGAUGUAUUGA